GAUGGCUGUCCUUGGCUUGGAUUUAACUCCUCAGUAAGAACUGAAUAUAUACAGUAAGAGAGUAGAUGACCCUUUCCAAACCCUAUGAUGAAUCAAUUUCAGCUAGCACCAUAAACAGUAGAAGAAUCACCACUUGAGAGAAGAAACUGAAAACAUAGAAGCGGAUAUGAUCUUUGACAUCCCACCAACAGGCCUAGAUUAGAAUCUUUCCAAUCCCUAGAGUUUCCCACUCUCAACUGAAUAUCACAGCAGCAUCAAAGGCAACAUCCAUUCUCUUUCAUUAAUUCAUUGGAAGCCUAGAAUAGGCUACAGGCUUUGUUAUUAAAAGAGAGAAUCCCUAGCCAAUAGGAAAGCUAUUUAACUACAAUGGAUAGCCAAUAGAAACAUAACACAAGAAGUAAACGCACCAGGCUAGGUAAUAAGUCUUUUAGUUAAACAAAACAACUCAAAAAAAUAAAAGAAAAACAACUAAAAUGUAGCCCACAACUUGGGCUACAAAACAGUCUCACUAAUGGGCUUUCAAUGCCCAUGUCGGGCUGGAGCUAAAAGAAGCUCAGCUUCCUUUAAGUUAUUGGCCUCUAAGGUUUGUUUGUUUUUCUUUUUUCUUCAGGAGCAAGUGAAAACUUCCCUGCAUCAAGUUCUAGGUCCUAUCCUUCUUCUGGGAAGAAUUGUUGAAAUUUAUGGGCAAGAAGCAUCGGGCAAAACGACGCUUGCCCUUCAUAUUAUCAAGGAAGCUCAAAGGCUUGGAGGAUAUUGUGCAUAUAUUGAUGUAGAGAAUGCAAUGGUCGCAUCACUUGCAGAAUCAAUAGGUGUGGACACAGAUAAUCUUCUUAUUGCAGGCCCUGAUUUUGCUGAAAAUUCAUUUAAGGUUAUUGAUACAUUGGCCAAAAGUGGAUCAAUAGAUGUUAUUGUCGUGGACAGUGUGGCAGCCCUUGUUUCUGAAUGUGAACUUGGUGUUUUGAUGGAUACUAACCUCCCAGAUGUGCAAUCACGGUUGAUGACCCGAGCACUGCGAAAAAUUCAGUACUCUUUAGUUCAAUCUCAAACACUUCUUGUUUUCAUUAAUCAGGUUAGAUCAAAUUUAAGAUCAUAUCACGGUUUCAGGCGUACAAAAGAGGUUAGUUGUGGUGGAAAUGCCCUCAAGUUCUAUUCAGCAGUACGCCUGAGAAUUUUGAGGAGAGGACUGCUAAAAAAUGAGAGUGAGGUGUACCUGGCUUGUUUUAUCUUUGGUCUUGUAUAUCGGAAGUGAUUCAGUAUUUUCUUUAUGGUACGCAAAGGUGGCUUUAGAAUGAUGAACUUGCAUAUAUUUGUGAACAUUGUUGAGGUCUUGCAAUUUUUUUCACUAAUUCUUGUGUGAACUUUCUCUGUGUAUUAAUAACCCACUAGCUAAUUGGUUGAAACUAAAAAGCAUUUGUUUCCCAUUGUAUUGAAUCUUUGAGUGAUUUCUCAAGCCAAAAUUUGACUCCAUGGAAUAACAGGUCCCAAAUGUUUCUGUGGAUCCAAUUGGAUGAAUUUGCACCAAGUAUUUUGACCGAAGUUUCUUGAUAGACAGUCUAAUGCAAGGGGUACAAUAGAAGUUUGAAGACGAAAGUGAAAGACUCCUUUUUUCCUAUUCUCUUACUGUUGACAGUUCUAUUCAGUAAUAUGAUGAUCAUCAUCACAUCCUUGACUAGCUGGAUGACCUCAACGGAAGAUGAGAAUAGACUACACUAGUCAUACAACUAUGUGUGUUUGUGCCAUGUAUUAUAAAUUUAUAAUACAGUCCUUCAGUUGUCCAUAAAAAAAAUAAAAAAAUAAAUAAAGUCAUCCUGUUAGGUGCAGAAGUAUCUAUUGUACCUCACUCUCCAGCAACAUUAAGAUUCAACUGACCCUACAUAGGGAUUGAAAAUGAGAAAAAUCAUGGAGAUCUGGUUUAUAACUAUUAGUUAUAAGCUUACAGCUUGAUAGGGUUCAACCUAGAACUUCGAAGCUUGCGAGAAAGACAAUACCUAACAUUUUGCAUGAAGUAUUUAACCCAUUCCCUUUUCGGAACUGUAGUCUAUCUAUGUUUGGCUUUAGCAGGUUGCUAGUAAAAACUUUCCUACUUGAAUAUAUGUAUGCUGGAACUAUAAAUAUCCUUACAUCUUUAUUAUGUUUUGAUUCAGUUUUAUCUUCUUGAAUUAUCCACUUCAGUACUUAAAUUUCACUUUUGAGUCCUUGACCCCCCUCCCUUUCUUUUCUAAUGUGUUCCUUUUUUACUAGAUUACUGGUAUUGGUGUUUCGGUGCAAGUGGA